AUGGAUCCAAUUGUGGAAGUAGUGGCUUUUAUUUUGGGGUUCAUUGGCUGGGUGAUGGUGGGGAUCUCCUUGGUGAAUCGUUACUGGAGGACCUCCACUGUCGAUGGGAGUGUCAUCACCACUUCCACCAUCUAUGAAAACCUGUGGAUGUCAUGUGCGACUGAUUCAACUGGGGUUCAUAACUGCAGGGAGUUCCCCUCGCUGCUUGCUUUGACUGGUUACAUCCAGGCAUCUCGUGCCUUGAUGAUCACAUCAGUCGUGUUUGGUACAUUUGGACUGGUGGCGGCCCUGAUAGGAAUAAAGUGUUCAAAGGCUGGAGGCGACAACUAUGUUCUCAAAGGAAGGAUUGCUGGAACAGCUGGAGUCCUUUUCAUACUUCAGGGUCUGUGCACAAUGGUCUCAGUGUCCUGGUACGCCUUCAACAUUACACGGGAAUUCUUUGACCCUUUAUACGCUGGGACAAGGUAUGAAAUAGGGGAAGGACUUUACAUUGGCUGGUGCUCCGCUUUGCUCGCCAUCAUUGGAGGAGCCUGUCUCACCUGCUCCUGCAAAAUGGACACAAGGGAAAAAUAUCCGUUGUCCCAUCAAACCAGGGGAACUGUAUACUCUGGACCUGCACCGGCCAGAAGCGGGAUUGCCAGUACUUAUGACCGGAAGGCCUAUGUUUAAAUAGGAUAUGAAAACAGAACUUUGUUGUUGGGGGUGAUCAGGUCUCUUCCAGAAGGAUGGGGUACUCUCCUACAUCGCUUUUUGUUGAUGCUUCUAACUAACGCCCUCUAGUGUUUAGUUUUUACACUUCAGAUAAAGUUUUUUUUGUCCAUGACAGUGAAAAAGCUGUAGGUUUAUGAAAACA